AUGAUUGUCACUUCAGCGAGGCGAGUAACAGGCCGGGCCUGGACCUUGGCUGGCUGUUACACAGCCUUCUCCCGCCCUCGAAGAUUGCGACUAUACAGCUCGGAAGCUGCAGCCCCCGAUGCGCCUCCUACCCUGAAAAAGCGCCCCCAGUUCCGCGACUAUUUCGUUACUCACCUCCCCUCGUCGUCACUUCAUCCGGAUCCUCGGGGGCCGACCUCGCCCUUUCACAAACUCCCGCGUUCCGAGUCGGUGCCACAUACCGGGGAGACCUCACAUUCGCCUACGUCAUUUCAGACAUUCGUCGACCGCGAGACCACUGUAGUGCGGAUUCCCCUGCGCAGUGCCAAACAUCACUUUGGUGCCGUCACUGCCCGUGGAACUCGACCAGCAAAUGAAGAUACAUAUCAGGCCGGUGUGAUUGACAUCCCGGCCUUUGCAAAGCGACCUCCAGCAUCGGUAACGAUCAAUCGACCCUCGUCGACCUCACCUCGUGAAUCCCGCGCCGCAGAUACCGCCAAUGGGGAUCCACAAAUCUUUUACUUCGGCAUCUUCGAUGGCCAUGGCGGCGCGGAGUGCAGUGCAUUCCUGAAAGAUUAUUUGCAUGAGUAUAUUCAAAAUGCGGCCGCCAAUUUCGAGAUCCAGUCAAGCCUACGGCCAAAUCAACCUAUAAACGGAGUGGAUCAUUCCGCGUCAUUGCCCCUGAUGCAGAAGGGAAAUCGACGUCGCAUUGGAGAGCUGGAGAAAAGUCUGGUGAAUAACUGGAGGCGCUUGGUUGGUGGUUAUUUCAAAAGAUUCAAGCCGCCUCAUUUCGCCUACUAUGGGACCGACUCCGGGGAUGCCGCAUCCUCAGAUCGCGUCUCCAUUGAGGAGGUCAUGGAAUAUGCCUUUUUGCGGGCUGAUCUGGACUUUGUGAAAGCGCAAGCAGCCAAGCGGGAUGAUGAUCUGGCUCUGGCCGAGAAACCUCUCAAUGAAGACGAAAUACUCCACUCUCCUAGCCUAACCAGGACCCCCAAGAUUGGCGGCCGCUCGCGUUUCAAGGGUGGUAGCACUGGAAGUAUUGCCAUGAUCUCCCCUCCCAGCCCAACCCCCUUUUGGCACCCGGCGGGUCCCUCCAGCCUCCUUGUUGCGCAUGUGGGAGACACCAAAGUCUUGCUCUGCUCAACGGCCACCGGAGAGGCUAUUCCUCUGACAGCCAACCAUCACCCAUCCUCGCCCAUUGAGGCUGCUCGCCUCCGCCGUUAUGCCGCAACCUUUGUCACUGACUCUUUCGGCGAGGAGCGCAUGAGCGGGCUUGCCAACACCCGCGCCUUCGGUGACGUGCAGUCUAAACGAAUUGGUGUCUCUGCUGAGCCCGAAGUCAACCGCAUCGAGAUGGGUGCCGCUGAGUUCUCUUUCCUAGUCAUGAUGUCUGAUGGCAUUAGCGGCACGCUUCUCGACCAGGAAGUCGUUGAUAUUAUCAAAGAAGCCAAGACCCCGGAGCAAGGUGCCCGUGAUGUUGUCAGCUUCGCUACUGAGGUUACCAAGGAGGGGGACAACGCCACUUGCCUUGUCGUUCGACUAGGUGGUUGGGAGCGACGACUUGAGGGAGGCGUGGGUAGCUUGGGGUCGAAGGAGUCUCGCGAGUGGCGACGACAGGAUGCCACUGAUCCGCGCAGGUCACGGACGUGA